AUGCAAUUCCUCGUCCGUCAGGCCUCGUUUCCGCGUUAUGGCUUGAAGCCUGUGAAUGCUUUCCUGGAUCUUCCGGUGGAAAUUCUUUAUGAAGUGUUUAAACAAGUUCCCAAUGAGCUGAAGGCCACAUGCCGCUUUUUUUACGUCAUGUACAACGACUACUACUGCCAGAAGCUUGUUGACGAGCUUGGAGAAAACAUAAUCUUUAACAUUGCAAUGUACAACUUUGAUGAGCUAGUUGACUACAUUCGGUCCUUUGAUUAUUGGCGCAGGACAUUGAGACAGAUUGUUAGCAAUCAUUACAAGUUAGGAGACCCAGAGCCGGAUUCCGAGAUACGCAAAACCAUGAACCCAAAAGACAUAAUCAAUUGCAAAUACGUGAAAGAUUCGUGGAAGCUAGUUUAUGGAAUCUACAAAAAUCGCAGACUUUUCGUGGAAUAUGAUGAUUAUCAAAUAGACGAGCCCCACAGUUACCUUACGCGAUCUCUGCUGCAUGUCAACAAAACCUACCUUGUCAAGUACAGAAAAACCAUCCAACUACCUGCGGAUAUCUACAACCUUUCAUGUGGCAUAAUUAUUCAGAAUGCUCUUGGAUUGGGAAGCAUGAAUUUCAAAGUGAUCAGAAAAAAUAAUCAAGAAGAGCUUCUCAGCUUUUUCCCUGCAACUAAUAUUAAUGAUUUGGUCCCCCAUGGAAAGUUUGUGUUACUUGACUUGGGGGAUUUCACUAUAGAGCUCACUAAAGAAGAAAAAGAAACACUAACAGAAAAUAAACAAAUUGAAGUCGAUAUUGUCAUGGAAGAGACUGGGUUGUAUUUGAAAUCCGGUUUUAUAAUUUGCUUCAUCGACAUAAACGCUUACCCAGCCAAACUAAAAUGCAUUGAUCCUCUUACGAAAAAAGUGACAGUUAACGAGAAGCGUUCGUGGAUAGCCUGGUCGAUCGAUAAUCAGGAUCCUAUCCCGGAAAAUGUCAUUAACAGGCUUCUCAAACGGCUGUACAAGUCCAUCAACAACCUUGUUGCACUCAAGCCUCAAGAAUCACCCUAUCAACGCAUUGGAAGCUUUGCUGAACUCAAUGAACAAACCACAAGGAGGCAAAGUAAUGUAGUCAGGAAAAGACGAAACUCAGAUUUCGAGGAAGCUAUUGAUAUCGACACCUACAAUCAAAGGUUCUACUCUCGAUUCAAUGAAGACGGUGAGCCAAUUACCCGGACUUUUAGAUACAUUUCGAUGGCAGACAAGCGUCUGUUCGAGAACCGGGUGGUAGCAGAGGAAAAAUUUAUUGCGGCAGAUGAGCCUCUGAAAUGGAAGCUGACGACAAUCCUAGAAGUUUGA